UCAAGGGGAAAGGGGCAGGUGCUCAAGCACCCAUCGCAAACCCCUCUGCACGUGCCUGAUUCUUGGCGAGGAAGACUGUAAAGUGGGUGAAGAGAUAGUCCAGAGUGAGAUGAAACAGAGGACAGUUCAGAACAGGUCUAUUACUUUGGUAAUGACACCAGGAUGGUGGAGGAGCUUCACACUGGCGGAGAGUGCAAAGUAUUUAAAGAUGGAGAUUGUGCACAGUUUAAAACUGUGUCCUGCUCCACAUGCCUUCCUUCUAGUCAUCAAUCUACACAAACCAUUCACAAACAUGCACCUAAACAGUGUUCUGGAACACGGAGAUUUUUGGUGAGCAGAUCUGGAACCACACCAUCGUUCUGCUCAUGUAUGACAACAAAGAGCAGAGAAAUACAAGCAGCUAAUUGAGAGAGCAGGGAAAGAGCUUGAUAUUCUAAUACAAAAAUGUGGAAACAGAGUUCAUGUUUUCAAUUAUACUGACAGCAAGGGAAUAAAUGUACAAAAACUGUUUCAUGAGAUAGAGAGAUCGGUAGCAGGGCAUGAAGGACAGUACUUUAAACUUGACAGCAAAUUUUUUGAAGACAUGGAGGAAAAGAAGGACUGUGAAGAAACAAGCAGAGGAGAGAGAUUCAAGUAAAAACAAAGAUGCAAACCUUGAACGAACGUCUAACAGACACAUUUUCCCCAGAGUUAAGGAUUGUCUUGAUAGGUGGCAAUAUUGUUGGAAAGACGUCAGUGGUGAUCACCAUCUUAAAAAAGAAACAAACAAAGAACCUGACAAGAAAGUGUGUGAUGAGCGAAGGAGAGGUUGACAAGAGAAAAGUCAUUUUAAUUGACACACCUGGAUGGUGGCCGUACGCAUCUGUAAAGGAGACUUCAGAGUCAAUCAAGCAGGAGAUCAUGUCAAGUGUUGCUAUGUGUUCACGAGGACCUCAUGCAGUUUUGCUGGUUCUGCAGUCUGGUGUCGCCUUCACUGAAGCACAUAGGAGGUCUGUCAAGGAGCACUUGGAGCUCCUGGGUCGAAAUGUCUGGAAGUACUGUAUAGUGGUGUUCACCAGGGGAGACUGGAUGGGGACUCCCACUAUUGAAGAGCACAAUGAGAGUGAAGGAGAAGCUCUGCAGCGGCUGAUCAAUAAAUGUGGAAACAGAUAUCAUGUACUGAACUACAUGGAGCAGAAUGAUAGGGAACAGAUCAGAGAGUUGAUGGAGAAAGUGGAGAUGAUGGCCAGAGGAAACACAGAGCUCCUGACACCAGCGGAAGCAGGAAUGGAGGAGACUGACAGUGGCUGGGGAUCUAACUGGUCAGAGCAAGACAAGUUAGAGAGAGGAAGCUUUAAUCUGGAUCCCCCUGAAAUGCAUGAAGAAUACAUUACAAAAUGGCUUGAAAACACAGAAAUUGUGUCUGACUUCAGGACCUUAUCAGACUUUUAAAAAGACAUUUCAGAAGAUGUCAUACUAAAUCAAGAUCACAGAGUGCCUGAAAACCAAGUUAAGAAAUUACUUGAAAACAAACUGCAAUUAACUUCAGGACCUUAUCAGAGGACAUUUCAGAGAAUGUCACACAAAAUCAAGAUCACAGAUGGUUUGCAGAGGUAAAUACAAAAAACAGAAAGAGAAAAAUAAGGAAAGCAAUAGCAUUUCAUGCAAUACUUUUAAAUAUUUCGUACAACAAAGUAAUGACAGCAGGAUGGUAACUCGUUCACUUGCAAGAUUUCUUUUAAAUUGUAAAUAUGAGCUUGACUUUUGUAAUCAGCUUUACUAUUUAUACCAUCAGCUUAACCUCAUGUCAGAUCUACUCAUAUUGUUUGUAAUGUUAACAAUCACACCCCCCAGAGCAAUCGAGGGUUGUGUGUCAACUAUUUGCUAAAAAGUGAUCUGUGGACCUGUUUUUUUUUUUCCUUUUUUUUUUUUUUUUUUUUUUUACUUCAUCAAUGUAUUCCACAUUCAAGUAUCUGUUGCCAUAAAUUUAUAUUGUGAUUGAUAAUAUACUGAGUUUAUGUCAGAUUCUAUGUAUUUGUUCCAAUACUGGAGUGCUGGAGAUUGAUAUUAUCUGUUCCUUUUUAAAA